AUGGAAACUAAAUUUCUUUCUGACGGCCGUAAGGUCGUUGUCGUUGGUGCGUUGAAUAAUCAGGAAACGAUCGUCCAGGAAGUGUUUGUCACGCAGCAGGGUGAUGAAAUCCCUGGUGGCGAGCGUUUUGUGGUGAAGAGUCUACAUGACCAGCCAGUUGAAUCAUGGUUGUCUCGUGAAAAAGCAAAACAAGAAAAAGCCCUUGCUGAUGCGAAGUUGAAAAUUGAAAAGAUCAACUCGGAAAUUAGCAACCUACAGAAUACAUUAAGUUUCUGGAGAGAAAUGGUUAAGCAGGUAAAAGCGUUCUCAGAUCAUAUCAAUGAUGCUGACCUGGACCAUUUCGCAGAUGUAAUGACCGGGCAGGUUAAAUUUGCCAUUCGUCGUGAUUACGGUGUGCCGUCCAUUGAAAGAUAUGAAGAUUUUAUGUCUUCAAUUGACAACUACUAUGGGCGUAAGAAAUUUGAAGGUAUCAAGUGCUUAUCUCUUUUGGGCAGCACUAAUGGAGAUAUAGCUUUACGAGUAAAUUGCUAUUCAGAUGGCAGUGGUGGAAGCGAUACGGUUGAGUUCUACAAGACUAUUGAAGAAGCCAGGCAGUGUGUUAAGCGCAUUGCCCUGGAAAAACUCAAUGGUAACGGCCUGAGCAUUGAUGAUGUCAAAAAGUGCCGCAAUAUGGGCAUUGUUUUCAGCAGGGAUGAGUUACAAAAAAUCAAAGAACGCCUAUUCUCUGCAUCGGAAAAGAAUCUCGCCCACUACCAAGAGAACUUCGAUAAGCAAGUUGCUCAGAUAAAUGACGGCAAGCUGGCUAUAGAGAAAAUGCUUAACGAAGCAAUCAACUAG